AUGGAAGUCAGGGUAUUUUACGUUUCCCUUUCUCUUCUCUUCUUCCUCCUUGCUCUAAAACUUCAUCUAUCAAGAAAACACAAAAAUAGUGCCCUUCCUCCCAGCCCACCUGCCCUUCCAGUUAUUGGUCAUCUCCAUCUCUUAAAACGACGUCCAAUGCACCUUACUUUUUACAGCCUAGCUAAAAAAUGUGGUCCUAUCAUCUCUCUACGAUUCGGUUCUCGUCUGGUGGUUCUUAUAUCCUCGCCGUCACCGUUUGAAGAGUGCUUCACCAAAAAUGAUGUUGUGUUAGCCAACCGUCCGAAAUUACUCUUAGGCACACACCUUGCUUAUAACCACACCACCUUACUGCAAGCACCAUAUGGUGAUCAUUGGCGCAACCUACGCCGCAUUGGUGCUGUAGAGAUUUUCUCCACUCAUCGUAUCAACAAGUUUGUAAGCAUUCGAAAAGACGAAAUCAAGCAGCUUCUCAUCAAACUUUCACAUAAAUCGCUUCAAAACUUUGGUAAGGUAGAGUUAAAAUCAAUGUUUCAAGAGCUAACGUUUAAUAUUAUGAUGAUAAUGGUCGCAGGGAAGAGGUAUUAUGUGGAUGAUGUGACUGAUGAAGAAGAGGCACGGCAGUUCAGGGAGAUAAUGACGGAGGCUGUAACUUUUGCUGGGGCAUCGAAUCCAGGGGAUUUCUUGCCCAUAUUGAAUUGGAUAGAUGGUGGUGAAUUUGAGAAGACAGUGAUAAGACUUGGCAAGAGAAUGGACAUGUUCUUACAAGGGUUGGUUGAUGAACAUAAAAGGAAGGAGGAUUUAGAGAGUAUGAACACCAUGAUUGGCCAACUUCUAUCUCUGCAAGUCACACAACCCGAGUAUUAUACAGAUGAGAUUAUCAAAGGCCUUGUACUGGUAAUAAUAGGAGCAGGUACUGAUACAUCAGUAGUGACAUUGGAAUGGGCAAUGUCCAACCUACUCAACAAUCCGAACACAUUGAAGAAGGCUAGAGAUGAAUUGGACACUCAAGUUGGAGAAGAAUUCUUGCUGGACGAAACCCAUCUCUUGAAAUUACAAUAUCUCCAAAAUAUCAUCUCUGAAACCCUACGGUUAAAUCCAGCAGCUCCACUUCUGGUUCCUCACGAGUCAUCAAAAAGUUGCAGUAUUGGAGGAUACAAUGUUCCUCGUGACAUAAUCUUACUAGUUAAUGCAUGGGCUAUACAUAGAGAUCCUACAGUCUGGGAUGAUCCAACCAGUUUUAAACCUGAUCGAUUUGACAACGAAGGAGAGGAUGGUAAGGUCAUAGCAUUUGGGUGCGGCAGAAGGUCGUGUCCUGGGGCAGGCUUAGCACAACGAGUAGUGUGUUCCACGUUGGGGUCAUUGAUCCAAUGCUUUGAAUGGAAAAGGGUCAGUGAGAAGGAAGUUGACAUGACAGAAGGAAGAGGGAUAACAUUGCAGAAAGUAGUGCCUCUGGAGGCCAUUUGCAAAUCACGUCCUAUCAUGGAUAGGAUUUUGUGUUGA